AUGACGGCCAACCUUCGUCCCCCCUCGGGCGCUGGCAGCCGCAGCCCUUCGCCCGGCCCGGAGGGCGGGCGCCCCGCGAACGCGCGCGCCUCGAUGGGACCCAACGGCGCCAGCGCCCGCCCGCAGGGCAUGCUGGGCGCUCCGCUCGCCUCGCCUAGACCCGGCGGCGCGCGCCCGACGAGCGAGCUCCUCGUCAACAACGUCAAUUACCAGUCUACUCCCGAGGCGGAGGCCAUCGACCAGUGGUUCGAGAAUUUGCAGAGCUACGAGGAUACUCUGGUGCGUCUUGAGAGGCUUCGUGCAGCGGACGCUGCGUGCUGA